AUGUCGAUGCCGGUCGACAAUAAGAAGUCGAUAAUUGAUUACUUGAGUUCAGUGCCAAAAGCCCUAUGCAUUGAAGACAUUGGAGAUCUAGAGACCAUAAUGUCGAUGCCGGUCGACAAUAAGAAGUCGAUAAUUGAUUACUUGAGUUCAGUGCCAAAAGCCCUAUGCAUUGAAGACAUCGGAGAUCUCUUUUAUUUAGUGGAACAGCACUAUGUCUCCCGGACCCCGCACACCAUCAAAAACCUCCAGUCGCUGUUAUUCCAGGCGUCCGAACCGGUCGAAUGUGAGCCACAAAUAACCGAUUUGUCGCAUAUGCUGUGUCUUCCAGUGCCCGUCACAGACCUACUGCCCAACGCCUCGGCCAUCAAUUCUGUGCGCUAUUUCUGCGUCGACUGCCGGCCCGCCGAGCAGUAUAACAGCGGUCAUCUCUCAACGGCUUUCCAUUUGGACUGUUCGCUCCUAUUGGAAGAGCCGUCCGCUUUCAACACAGCAGUGAAGGCACUGUUAGCCGCGCAGAGACAGGCGAUCGAUGAGCAGUCGGUGGCGGGUGGCCAUCACCUGUGCUUUAUGGGUAGCGGGCGGGAUGAGGAGGACCAGUACGUUCAUAUGGUGGUCGCCUCGUUCCUCCAGAAGCACCACCAGUUCGUGAGUCUGGCGUACGGCGGCUACGAGUGCUUACACCGACUCAUUACGACGAACACCGAUUUGGACCGCUGUCUGAUUGACCACAACCGCAAACAGUGUAUCGCCUGUACAGCCGCUAAGUCGCCAAAUAAGUCCCGAAACGGCCCCAAAUCCCAGCCCUCAACGACCGGCGCCCUCUCGGCAGACGUCGAGCACUUCACGAGCGCUCUGUUAGACAAAGUGGCGAACGCUGUGAAGCCUAAGAUGAAGGAAAUGAAGGACAAGUUUGUCGAUUAUGUCACUAAUCCUAAUCAACAACAAGUGGUCCGACACGUCAGCCCAUCAGACAAAUUGGGCAAAAGAUAUAAAGCCUUUAAUCACGGUUUGGAAUCGGAUUCCAACGACGAGAGCGCACAGGAGAUCGAUAUCGAGAAGUGGUCCAAAAGUCCAGAAAUAAUUGGUUGUUUCAAAUGCCAAGAGAUCAAAGAUGACGGCCAUAUGUGUCCCAGUUAUUUAGGGCUUUCCAACUCGCAUUUGUUUGUAUUACGGGAAAUGUCUCACAACAAGAGUUUAGCCAAAAUAAUGGCCAAACGGCCGCUCGAAAUGAUAGUACAAAUCACGUCGAAGAGGAGGUGUCCCGACUUAAUAACAUUCAAAUACGGGCACACCAUAGAGGGCGGCGAACCCAACGUGGUGGCCAAGGAUCACCUCCUGAUCCCCAAACCCUACGACAUUACGCGACUAAUCAAACAACAGGUGAUCCGCAUUCUCGACGGCGAGACCUCGUCGGGCAGUAACUCGUCGAGCAAAGCGUCUAACAAAUAGUCGACUCGUGUUUUUUUUAUUGUUUUUGUUUUGCUUUUUGUUUGUUUUCAACAAUUUUUGAGACGACGGCGUAAGUGUCGCUGAAGUGAUCGACGAAAACAAUACAAAAUUGAGACAAUCUUUGUUUCCAUACGUUACAAAUGAAAAGUGCUUUAGUCUAUCACUGACUAAACCCCUCGCUUUGAUAUAUCUAUUGAUAUAUUAUAUUUGUGAACCCCUUUCCUCCCGUUCCCUCACUCCGCCAUUCGUCUCUCGAAACUCUAUUUAUAUAUCAUUUCAUUGUAAUGCAAAUCAAAUGCGAUUUCCAUUCCAGCCGUUCAGUCAAUUGUGAGAUACAGUGAAAGAGUUUUUUUUAAAGAUUUUUAGUUUUAUUAGUUUCCCUUUUAAAAGUAAUUUAUUUCUAUUUCUGUUUGAAAUUAUACAAUUAUUAUUUUUGUUAUCAUUUUAAUGCUUAAAUUAG